AUGGUUGAGAUUGUGGGACAUAGAGCUUUCAAAGGGAAGUAUCCUGAAAACACGCUUCUAGCAUUCGAGAAGGCUUAUGCAGCCGGUGCGGAUGUGAUUGAAACAGAUUUGCAAAUGACCAGCGAUGGUGUGGUGGUGGUCAACCACGAUUCUGACACUGGUCGGAUGUGGAACAAGAACUUGGUGAUUAGUGAGUCAACUUGGGAGGAAGUCAAGGAAUUGCGCUGUAAAGAGGACGCUGCGUUGGCAAUGAUGACCCUGAAGGAGAUUCUAACGUGGGCAGUGGGCCAUCCAGGGGCGAAGCUAAUGCUGGACAUCAAGUUCACUAACGAGAAAAUUAUCAUGAUCAAGACUUUUGCUGAUAUGUUGGAGGUGAAGAACGACCUCAAGUUUUGGCAGGAGAGGAUCACGUGGGGGCUUUGGUUGCUAGAUUGGUACGACUUCGGUAUUGAAACCGGUGUUCUGAGGGACUUCAGAGUUAUUGUGAUAAGUUUGUCCCUGGACAUUGCUUCUCAAUUCGUUAAGCGUUCUCUGUCUUUGAAUAAUCCUCGUUAUAAGCUUUUCGGUAUAAGUGUGCAUUUUGUCUCUUCAUGGACAAGCCACUUUAGACUAAAGCUGCUACCUUUGCUGAUGGAGAAUGACAUCAAAGUGUACCUGUGGACUGUCAAUAAACCCGUAGAUUUCAAGUACCUAUGUGAAUUGCCGAUACAUGGUGCUAUCACGGAUGAUCCUGUCAAGGCAAGGAAGCUAUGCGACGGCCAUACCGUGACUAAGACGCCCACCGCUGGCAGGAAAUUCGUUGUCCCUGGUGUGACAUCUGUGGACGGGCUCAGGUUUCAUGCCUUCAUCAAGGUCUACAACAUCCUCUGCACACUCCUGUAUUCCAAAUGGGUUCAUAUUAAGUUAUGCGGUUGGUCAAUUGCUUAUGUAAUUUUCCUCUUUCUUCGAAUCAUCCAUUUUCUUUGA